AUGGAACAAAAUCAGAACAAGAACAAAGGAGUUGCUGCAGAUUGCAGUACUAGUAGCGAUGACGUUGAGAGAUAUUUCAACUCGUUGCCUGUUGGGUAUCGAUUCGCUCCUAGUGAUGAUGAGCUGAUUCGUUAUUAUUUACUGAGAAAGAUCAACAAUGAACACUUGCCUCCUAAUAGAAUUCAUGUGGUUGAUUUAUAUAACUAUAGCCCUCAACAGCUCGCAGAAACCUAUAAACUGAAUAGAGAAAGAGAAAGCCAGUGGUAUUUUUUCACGAGUAGGGAGAAAAAGUACCCGAAAGGAUCUAGACCGAAACGAAACGCAAGGGAAUUAGGAUAUUGGAAGGCUACAGGAACUGAUAAAGCAAUCCUAGAUGGAAAAAAACCUCUGGGAUUCAGAAAGUCUUUGGACUAUUAUGAGGAGAGGCAGCGUGAUGGAACCAAAACCAACUGGAAGAUGCAUGAAUAUCUUCUUCAUCAAAGCCUUGUUCCUUCAGGCGCUACGGCCAGAGGCAAAAACCCACUGCAGCCUAAGCAGGAUGAAUGGGUUCUCUGCAAGAUCUACAACAACAAAGCAGAAGGCAAGAAAAACAAGAACGAUAAAGAUGGAGGAACUGUAAAUGCAGAAACAGAAAUUCCACUGCACAGCCUCUACUGUGUGAUAAUUCUUUGA